UCAGACCCUAGUUUUUGACGUGUCCUGAACACUGACCUAUACAACAGAUUUAGGUAUUCAAUAAAAAAAAAUUGAAAUGUAGUGUCAAAUACAAGUGGUUUAGUUAGUGGGACUUGAAAUCUUAAACUGAAAGGACUGCAAAUUAAGGCUCAUAAGGCUACACAAUGUGGUCACUUCUUCUCUGUCUGCCACUGCUUCCCUCCAUUGCACUUUCUCUGGACCUUCAACCCCACAACGAGACGGCCGCUGCAGCGUUUACAGCCACAGACCUGAACCAUGAUGGUCAUAUCGAUAAACCAGAAAUAGAGAACCUUUUCAAGUUGUUUGAUACGAACCACGACGGCCGGGUCAGCGGGGAUGAGUUCAUGGCGACUGUGCGUAGCCACCAGCACGACGCGCGGAUCAACUUCAUCUUCUGGAGCCUGUUUAACAUUUAUGACAUCACCAACAACAACGUCGUGGACCACAUUGACAUUGACCGCCUGUUUGCGCUGAUUGACAGGAACGGGGACAAUGUCGUCAGCCGACAAGAGUAUACCCAGUACUUCGCUCAUCAAUUUGAACUAAUGGAUAAAGAAAUUUAAGUGUGGAAAAAACAUUGUGCACAAUCAGUCCAGCACUUUCUUCACAAUUCCAGAUCAUAGUUACAGCAGCUUUGUAUUUCUCUAUAUGUAUGAUGUCAAAUAAGAAGCCAAUACAAUAAAAUUUAACAUUCAAAAAUA